CGCCCAUUCGGCCGCCAGCUGCGAUGCCAGUCGCGCGUCCCGUUUGUAUCUUACUAUCAAACUAAAAUUUAAAAUGGCGUUCGACACUGAAAGAUUUAUAGCCGAAAUAGAAAGUAGACCUGCAAUCUGGGAUAUAUCUUCAGAUGAAUAUACCAACCGCAAUUUGAAGAAAAGAAGCUGGGAAGAAGUUGUACAAAUAUUUAGACAAAAGGACGGCAUGACGAGACAUGAAAAAAAAUACAUGGAAGAUGUAUUACAAAAAAAGUGGAAAAGUAUCCGUGGUUGCUUUAUGAGGGAAAUUGCGAGACAAAAAGCAUUAAGGUUAGGAAAUGGGGCUGGACCACGCAAAAGCGAAUACAUGUACUUUAAACAAUUGAACUUUUUAAAAAAAGUUAUGAUCAUAAAAAAAACCUUACAUCCAUCGCAAAUAGAAGAGGAACAUACUCAAAACACAGACAUUAGUCAAUCAAGACCACAACAACAGAUUAAAGUUAACUCCGAGUCUGGCGAUGAUCCACUUCAAGAGUUCUUAUAUAAACCACUAGAACAAAGAGAGAGUUAUGAUUUUGCAGAACAAGACGAGGAUAAGAUGUUUUUACUAUCACUAGUGUCUACACUAAAAAAAGUACCAGAACAUAAAAAGAUAGCGACAAAAAUUAGAAUGAUGUCGUUGCUCGAAGAAGCAACACAGACCACCUCGCAUGCCUAUUAUGAGUAGUUACAAAAUAUACAACGCAGAACUAUCCGCCUAUAACAUUUACGAAACUACCAUCCUAGUCAUUCGACUUCGCGAGAAACCAACAUUCCCCCUGUGCGGCCGCCAUAAGAAUCAUUCGGACUCAACGCAUCGACUACACCUACGAUCAACCAAAAAUGAAGUUACGAGUACUUGGCCAGUCUCUUAUGUAAAUAAAGUUUAAUUAUUACUAAUCUUCAUAAGUUAUUACCUACUUAUAUUGUAGUUGCAAAGGUUUUGAGCAAUCGUUUUUGUGGAUCUAGUGAGCAAUUAUUCGAUUACUUUUGGCAUCACACGGACGCGAAGGGUAACGACAGAAGUUCUUUUGGUGUAGCUGCCACAUUAUUCUAAUAAAGUGAAAUAAAACAUAGGAUAUUAGCAUUACUUAUGAUCUACUGGGAUGUUUAAAAAAUAAAGCACAUCUCAGAUGAGGAGAAAAUAAUCUAAAGUUUAAAAUCCUUUUUUUCUGUCUGUACCAUAAGCAUACGUAAAACUUUUCUCUGUCUAUUUUAAUUCGUUCUCAUGAAACUUUUUAAUGUAUCCACGCGCAAACGGAACAAAAGUCCAAGCGUUUUCACUCGCUUGGUUGUCGACUUACAAAAAUAAAGAACGCACAUCAAAGGGAUAGUGUUAACCUAAAGAUGAAAAACUGCAAUGUAUUAUAAACAAAAGGUUUCUUUAGUAGCAGCCGGUACAAAUGGAUUAGCAUUUUCUUCUUGGUGGUCUUUCGUAGGUUUAGAAUACAGGAAUAUGCGUAUGACAUCUGCUUGAAUUAUUUCUGAUGAAUACUUGUGAAUAUUUAAAAAAUCUCUGUGUUUUUAAAGAGAAUAACAAUAAUUAAAACAUGUUUAAGUAUUUUAACAGAGAAACCCUAUUGACAUUUAACACAAAUGCUUGGUAGAAAUGAAUUACUGGAAUGUUUACGCAUGUGAUAUGCCUGACCUAUUAAUGUAAUUGGACAUGUAAAUGAAUAUGUGGUAAUAUUGACGUUCAUUAGUGUAUCCUAAAUAAGGAUGAGGGAAUUGCAGUGCAAAUGUGACAUAGUUAUAGCAAGUCUGUAAUCCUCUCAGCGCUCCACAUCGUGUGCCCUAGUUAGCCGACAGCCGACAAUGGAGAGAGCCAUUAGAGUCGGUCAUGUGUUAACAAGUUUAGUUGGUAUUAGUUGACCUGAUGGAGAAAAAAGGAAAUGCAACAUAGGAAACAGGUCGUGUACCGCGCCUCGGUGCGCGCGGACACCUCUGUUAUUGUAGGGGAGGUAUUGAAUGCAUAUGAAACGUAUAAAAGAGAUACAUUCAUUGAAAACAAACGAUUUUGAAAACAACAUAAUUAUUUUCAAGUUACAAUAUGAAUAAUGUUUUAAGAAAGCUUACAAUUAUAAGGUUGUUUAUGUUUGUCUUUAUUGUAUUUAGUGUGACAUUAAUAAAAAGUUUUUUAAGUAAAUUGUGCAAGG